AUGGCUACUACCUACCUGAAGUAUCAUAUCGAUCACUCGGUCUCGUCGAUUCUGGGCGUUGGCGCUCGGUGUCGCACGUGCGGCCGCAUAUACGACCAGAGCCGCAAUCGGGCAGUAGGCUUUUGCCCAAUCCACGACCGCGGAAAUGCUCUAGAAGAAGCAGAACUUGGCCGCCUAGCCUGCCGGAUGCAAGACUAUUUCUACAACUGGGCUGUCUCGUUCAGGUCGGAGACCGAUCCCUCAUUCGCAUGGCCCUCUCCUCUGCCUGGUUCUACCGCCUCCGAACAUUGGUGGUGGACAACCGUGAACGUUCUCAGGCUCCAGUGCGAGUGGAGUCUGACGCAGCUUCAGUGCUGGUGGGAAGACCUAUGGGGAACGCACGACGGCCGAUAUAUACUGCAUGUUUCGGAGAUCAAGUUCUGCCCGCAAGAAUACUGGCAUCAUCAACAUUGUGCCUUUUUGGUCGUUCUCAGGUCUGGCGCCGAGUACAUCAUCGACCCCACUGGGGUUCAAUUCGGGCCUGACUGGCCGUUGCUCUGUCCUCGACGUGAGUAUGAGCUUUGGGCCAUGCACCCGGAUCCGUACUUCAGGAGGUAUCGGGAGCGUCCGGUCGGUACAGCCAGUCGAUUGCUAGCAGAGGGGCGACAAUGGGCAUUCUGA